CCCGCCGCCGCUCCGGCCCCGCGCGCAGCGGGAGGCGGCGGCUGCUCCCGACUCGCCGCCCGCUGCCGAGGCGCAUGGAGACGACGGGGGCCCGCGCGGGCUGGGUUCUUUUCUUCCAUCUUCCUCUCAUCUCUGGAAGCUCCAUCCCUAUUGGAAUAGGCAGCAAUUAUUCCAAUCUCUAUGAACAGAGCAUUCUGCCUUGUAAAAAAGAAGAACUACAGUGUGGUGAUGGACUCUGCCUCUUAAACUGGCUACGCUGUCACUAUAAGAAGGACUGUGGCAGGGACUACAUGUCCAUCAAACUAACAUGUUCAAAAGUUCACUUGAACCACAGCAACCCAAUCAGUGAAUUUCCCAGCUACAGUGAAAACGGAAAUGAUCCCAGUCUACUUGUGUCACCUCUUCUGGUGGCUGGAGUGGUGAUUGGACUUGUACUAUUUCUAUCUUGUGUUACAAUCAUUGUCGGCAGUCUGCGAAAGGAUGGACGGUUAAGACACCCACAUCUGAGGAGAGAUGCUAGUUAUGCUCCAGAUGGCUUCUCCUAUGGUGGCUCAAUUGGAGAGCUGAGAUCCACCUGUAUGGAGGAGUUCCCCCCAGCUUUUGAUUUUGGUUCCUAUCUGGAGUCACUGUCCCAGGUCAGCGUCAUGUAUCCUGAUUCACCUCCCUGCUAUGAUGAGUGCGUUGGGCCAGGAGCAACACAAAUAUAUAUUCCUACGGAUGAUCCCCCUCCAUAUUCUCUUAUGGACCCUUAUCAAAGAAAUGAAAUAUCUAUAAACAUUAGCCUGGACGAGGAGGCAGCAUCUGGGACUAUAGAACAAGCUGCAAAUUAUGCAGUCAGACUGCAGGACUUGGAGCAGCCCAUUUCAUCCAUCUCUCUGUCAUCUUUCACUUUGGAGGCUGCUCCCCUGUAUGAAAUGGUGGUGUGUGAACAGAAUAUUCCCAUUCCACUGGUUCCAAUGGAUGCACUAAAAAAUUCUUCCACUGAUUAUCAGACCAUUCUGAACCAAAUCAGGUGAAUAAGUGACUUUUCCUUUCCAUUCUUCCAAAGGACUCAGACAGAGGAAAACAUUUCAAUUAAAGAAUAGAGCCUCUGAAA